GCUAGAAAGUUAGCUUUCUCGUAGUCCGUAAGAAAUCUUUGGUAGAACGAGCGGUUGCUCUUCUUUUCAUUAAUGUGCCUUGCACAGCCCAGAGUAGUCGAUCUAGGGGAUGGGAAGGUCUGUACAGGCUGGAAAAAAUGGCAUCUUCUGAGCAACCUGAACAACAGACACAGACCGGCUCUCCCAUCAGAGAAGAUGCUUCCCCUAGAGAACCGCUGAUCGCCACGGCGGUGAAGUUCCUGCAGAACCCGAAGGUCCGCCAGAGUCCCAUGGCCACCAGGAGAGCCUUCCUGAAGAAGAAAGGUCUCACGGACGAGGAGGUGGAGUUGGCCAUCCAGCGCUCGGGCAGCACAGAGGAGCCCCUGGCCCUGGCGCCCGUGGGCCCCCCGCACAUCCUGCACCCCCCGCAGCUGGCCCCGGUCCCGUACAGUCCUCCUGGGUACCGGUGGAGGGACUAUGGGGCCCUGGCUAUCAUCAUGACGGGCAUGGCUUUGGGCUUCCAUCACCUGUACCGGAAAUACAUCCUGCCCCUCAUCGCGGGCAGCCGGGAGGACGCCAGGAAGCUGCAGCGGAUGGAGGGCCACAUGGCCGAGAUGAGCGGCGCUCUGACACAGACAGUGACGCAGCUGCAGGUGACGCUGGCCUCGGUGCAGGAGCUCCUGGUGCAGCAGCAGCAGAGGAUACAGGAGCUGUCCCAGGAACUGGCCUCCUCUGGGCAGGCUUCCUCUGCGGCGGGCCGCAUGCUGGAGUCUCAGGCCCUCAGCGAGCUCAAGGCGGAGAUGGUGUCUCUGAAGGGUCUGCUCCUCAGCAGGAGGCAGUUCCCGGCGUCGCCGUCCGUUCCCAAGAUCCCGUCGUGGCAGAUCCCGCUGAAGCCGCCCGCGCUCUCGAACCCGCCGUCCGUCAACCACAACAACAACAGCAGCAGCGACAUCUCGCCCGUCAGCAACGAGUCGGCCUCGCCCUCGCCCGUCCGAGAGGGCCACAGCCCGCAGAGCUCCCUGAGCGGGGGCCUCAGUGGCCCCCACAGCCUCAACGGGGGGGAGGCGGGCGGCGGCGGCCUGGGGCCCGCGCUGCCCCUCGACCUGAAGGACCAGGUGCGCAUGGAGGUGCAAGGAGAGGAGGAGAAGAAGGAAGAGGUGGAGGAGGAAGAGGAGGAGGAGGAUGAGGAGGAGGAGGACGAAGACGAAGACGACGACGUGAGCCACGUGGACGAGGAGGAGCACCUGAGCGUCCAGACGGAGGACCGCAGGGGCGGGGACGGACAGAUCAACGAGCACGUGGACAAGCUGCGCCGCCCGGAGGGCGCGGCCAAUGAGAGCGAGGUGGAUUAGGUCACUCGCAUGCCGAGGGGUUCCUCUUUCGCCCACCGACCCUCCCCCAAACCCCCCCUCCUCGUUUUAUUUUCAGCCUUUGAUAUGUUAAUUUUUUCUUUAUAAAAUAUAAUACUCAUCUUGAGCAUCCAAUAUAAAAGUAAAAAAAAUAACGAUAAUAAUCCGUGGACAGCAAAUUUUGGUUUUGUAGUGCCCUGCUAUAUCUGUGGCUUCCUUCUCUUCCUUUUUUUUACGUGCGGACUCUGUUCAGGCGCAUUAUUGCAUGGCUGGGCAGUUAGGUAGCCUAGUUUAAAAAAAAAAGAAAAAAAAAAUAAAUCUUUGAACUUGCAGGAUUAAAUUACGACAAAAAUCAGUAAAAGGUCGACCCAUUUCAUAUUAACCCCUCCUCUUCCAAUUGGUUGUUCAGGCUCAAGCUCUGCCCAACGGGAGGCCCUGACAUUAGGCAGUCCUCGUAGCCACUAGCUGUGCCACCUGACGUCGUGUCUGUAGUUUCUAGUGCCGAUUAGCCAACACGUGACCAUAUAUCUGCUCGUUAGAGUGUCUGUCUUUUCAUCGAAUUAACGGGCUACAGUAACACUCUGGACACCAAAGAACUAGUGAUUGAGCCCAGUGCACUUUAGAGCCCAGGCCGUGGUUAGUCUCAGACUGAGGAGUCUGUCAGCUUUGCCAAGGGAUCUCCCCUUGAGCCCGGAUGCUCAUGCACACACACGUAUGCACACCGACACACACACACACACUCUCUGUCGGUAGACGAGGACAGCUAGAUAGAAAACGUCGAUGCUAGGAGCUCUUUGUUUCACGUCGCCUCGGUGACUCGGGGCGGGACGCAGGAAGCCCUCGGGCGACGUUCCCGCGCUGUAGAAAGGGGCCGAGAAGGAGGAGCCGCGGGGAGCGAGAUCGCCGACGGACGCGACGGACGGCGUUUCGCCCGGCGCGCGCGGGGAAGGAAGACGCGCGGCGCGUUUUUCCGCCUCCGUCUGCGUCUGCGAUGAGGCUGGAGCGAGAAGCAGGGCCUCCUCCUCCUCCUCCUCCUCCUCCUCCACCUCCACCUUCACCCGAGCCGCUGACUCGCUUUAUGAAGUGUGUUAAUAAUCGAAUGAUCAACAAAUAACAGAUGUAUUAGUUCAUGCGGCUUGAAAUGUCAAGGAGGCUGAAAUCGGAAAUCUAAUACCAAAACCCCGUUAUAUUAUAUUAUAUUACAUGACAAACCCUCCAGUCCAAAUUAUAUAGGGCCUCCUACGGUGAAAAAUCUUAUCAUGAGACGACACCAAGGUUUUGUAAUUAAACCGUGUAAAACAAUGGAGGAGGUGGCAGUGGAACUGGUGACGGUUCUGCCUCUUUUUACUGCGGGUGGGGGGCGGGGUGGUGGGGCGGGGGAUGGGGGAGGGAAGACAAAUGCCCCUUAAUGUAAACGGAGAGUAACGUAUGAAUACUUAACUAAUGAAAUUACUCAUUCACCCAGCUGACGAGAAAAAAAAAAAAAAAGAAAAAGAAAAAAAAAUCCCUGGAGUGAGAAUUACUGUACAGUAGCGGCCGAGCCACGGCGCUCUGCACAGAAUGUCUUUCACCGUGACUCCUGUGAGUGACGCAAGCUGCUGCUUCGUACUGAUUGGCUGGGGCAGACAUUUUCUUUUUUGUUCUUUUUUUAUAAACUUAAUCCUCACCUCAGUUACCUUAAUAAUAAUAAUAAUAAUAAUAAUAAUAUUAUAAUCAUCAUAAUAAUAACAAUAAUAAUAAUGAUAAUAAUAAUAAUAAAUAAUUAUGAUCAUAAUAAUAUAAUAGUAAUAAUAAUAAUAAAUAAUGAUAAUAAUAGUAAUAAUUGUACAUUUUCUGGAAGGUUAUUCAGUGAUGUCUCAUGUUUAAUUUUUUUUGUAAUGGACGGUUACUAACACGAAUGUAGUCAGUGACGUGGAAUAACAGAACCUGAGACUGUCCCCUUGGAGACGGAGAACGGUGUGACACGUGUAAGCACAGGACAGAGGGGAGGGCAGGCUGAUUGACAGGUCCUGUCUCAAUCACACGGACGCGAGGACGGGACGGGACGGGAAGAGGCGGGGCAGAAAACCCGCCGUGACCUUUCACCUCGCGGAUGAGAGCGGGCGGAGGAAUCCGCUGCGUGCGGAGGAGCCGUUAGUGUUCAAACCUCGCCUUCUCACCACCUCAGUUUCAGUGUAUGGCUCCCCGCCGACAACUAGUACCCAGCUGCUGAUUGUGAAAAUAUACAAACUCCUGAUAUCCAAAAUAAAUGUACAUAAUUGUAAUAAAUCUGGUUUAACACAGUCGACUACGUUGGUAGACUGUUUUUCUUUUUUGUUAUAAUAAAAUCUUAAUUUUAAUGGUC